AUGGAAGCUGCAAUGCUGCGAGGCCUCGUCGAGGUGCAGUCUCGCACGUCAGACGGCCCCCCGUCACCGCCCGACGAGGGCCUCGUUCCUCUCGCCGCCCCGGCCAAGGCGGUCCACAGGACGUAUCCGGGCGCUCCUCACCAGGCAGACACGAUUGAGAUGCAGAGGGCCCCCGGGCAGCACGACGCGGGCGAGUCCGGCAGCGUGACGCCCCGGGCCGACAACGACUCAGACCUCGAGAUGAGCCCGCCGGCGACCCCGGGGCCUGCCGCGGAGCCCGUCGAGGCCAUGGCCAGCGUGUGGGAGCCGUCCAUGAACCGCUUCCGCCUGCUGGCCGUGUGCCUGGCCAACCUGGGCAAUGCCCUGAGCGACGGCGCUGCGGGUGCGCUGAUUCCUUACAUGGAAAAAUACUACCACAUCGGCUACGGCGUCGUCUCGCUCAUAUUCGUCGGGCAGGCCGUCGGCUUCAUCGUCGCGGCCGUCGUGCUCGACACGCUCCGGGCCAAGCUGGGCCAGGCCAAGGUGCUGGGACUGGGCCAGGCGCUCAUGACGCUGGCAUACAUCCCACUGGCGGCGGCGGCACCGUUUGUGCUCGUGGCGCUGUCCUUUUUCUUCAUCGGCUUCGGCAUCGCCAUCAACGUGGCCAUGGGCAACAUCUUCUGCGGCCGCCUGCAAAACGGCACGCUGAUGCUCGGCCUCUUGCACGGCAGUUACGGCGUCGGCGGCACGACGGGCCCGCUCGUGGCCACGGCGCUGGUGACGGCCGCGGGCGCCGUCUGGAGCCGCUACUACCUGCUGACGCUGGGCAUCGGCGUCGCCACCGUCGCGCUGUCGCUGUGGUCCUUUUGGGACUUCGAGCGGGAGCUGAGUCCCGCGGCACGGGAGCGCGAGGAGCAGCCCGCGUCGUCGUCGAUGCUCCUGCUGGGCAGCAUGGUGACGGCGCUGCGGAUGCGGGUGGUGCUGCUCGGCGCCGUCUUCAUCUUCGCCUACCAGGGCGCCGAGGUGUCCAUCUCGGGCUGGGUCAUAUCCUUCCUGAUCCAGGCGCGCGGCGGCGACCCGUCGUCGGUCGGCUACGUGUCGGCGGGCUUCUGGGCCGGCAUCACGCUGGGCCGCUUCUGCCUGUCGGGCCCGGCGCAGCGCAUCGGCGAAAAGGGCUUUGUCUACGGGCUCGUCGUCGGCGCCGUCGCCUUCCAGGUGCUGGUGUGGUGGGUGCCCAACAUUGUCGGCGAGGCCGUCGCCGUCUCCAUCGUCGGCCUGCUGCUCGGGCCCAUCUACCCGUGCGCCGCCGCCGUCUUCAUGCGCGGCAUGUCGCGCCGCGACGCCCUCAGCGGCAUGGGCACCAUCAGCGCGUGCGGCAGCCUGGGCGGCGCCGUGGCGCCCUUUGUGACGGGUCUGCUGGCCCAGGCCGUCGGCACGUAUGUGCUGCAUCCCAUUGUCAUUGCCCUGUUUGUCGUCAUGCUGCUGUGCUGGUACGGUGUGCCGUCGCCGGAGAAGAGGACUGAGUAG